UACAGAUUCCUCUCAUUCCCCCACUUCCCCAAUCCCUAAUCCUUUACCCUAAUUAUUUAAUAAUGACAACCGAUUCAUAAUCACAUCAUUAAUUAAUUCUUCCCCCACCACCAACAAAUUUGCAGCUAUAUAAGGGCCCCACAGAUUCUUUCCCUUUUUAAUUUCUUUUUUGAGUUUCAAUAUUUUCCUUGGUUUUUCCAGCUCUUUCAUUCUCUCCAGAAAUGAAGCACACUGAAGAGGGUUGCCGAGAAUUCUUGGAAAAAUAGCAAAAGGGAUAUUUUUCUUGGAAUUUCCCAGCUGAUUCUUGAUGACUGAUAGAUCAACGACGUGGAAUAUUCAUGUUAAAGCCUGAUUUUUUUCUAGGACGUCAUCAAGAUCUGCUUGUUGUCUCUUCUCUUCAAUCUUCUUGCUCCCAGGCAUACCCGCACAGGUCAAUGGACUUAACAUCAUUAAGAUGCCUUAUUAACAGUAUUUCUAGAUUUGCUCAUCUGGUAACCUGUCGUAUAUCAAAGACGAUGCCAGCUGAGGAGGAUUAUAGAAAUUUAGUUUCUUUACUGAAACAUUUGAAACCCAUCCUUGAUGAUGUUGCCGAUCACGAAGCACCUCAGGGUGAAGCUUUGUCUAAAGAGUGUGAAGAGUUGGAUAUAGCUGUGAAUGAGGCUAGAGAGUUCCUUGAAAAAUGGUCUUCAAGAAAGAGCAAGCUUCUUUUUGUGCUGCAAAGUAAGCCGUACGUCCUGAAAAUUCAGAUCUCAUCUAUUAAGCUAUCUCUCGUCCUACAUGUACUAUCUGAAUCAUUACCAACUAAUUCGACUCUAUCUAAUGCUCAGUUCUGUGUGCAAGAGUCGCAAAAUCUGAAGCUAGGACAACUAUCAGAACACAUAGAAGAGAUUCUUAGACGCCAAAAAGAAGGGAAAACUCCUGAUGCGGAACACCUUAUGGAGAUAAUUGAGUCCUUCAACUUGGGAUCAAGUCAAGAGCUCUUGAGUGAGUCUAUUGCACUUGAAAAUGAGAAACAAAAAGCUCAAGACAGCAAAGGAAAAGGGGAUUUAGAUCAAAUUUCUCAAACUGUAGACCUUAUAUCUCACAUUCGUGAUUGUGUGGUUGAGCUAGGGAACUUUAAAUCCCUAAAUGGUAUUCAGAUACCAUCAUAUUUCCGCUGUCCAUUAUCUUUGGAGCUGAUGCUGGAUCCUGUAAUUGUUGCUUCUGGCCAAACUUAUGAGCGUGCUGCCAUUCAGAAAUGGUUGGAUCAUGGGCUAGUAACAUGCCCCAAAACCGGUUGCAGACUUUCACAUAAAAAUCUUAUUCCCAAUUUUACGGUUAAAGCCCUCAUAGCAAAUUGGUGCAGUGAAAACAGAGUAGAACUCUCCAAAAAUCCUGCCAGUGCAAAUACGGAAGAAGAUCAAUGUUGUUCUGAGAGCGUCAGUUGUGAAGUUGAUCGGCAAUCACAAAUGGGAAAUUCUGUACCAAGAUCCUCAAAUGAAGUUGGACAUGGUUCUGAGACUGAGAAGGUCAAUGAAGGCUAUCGUGUUUUUAGAGAGGAGACUGACAAACUCGACCAGUCUUCCCCGGAGCAUUCAUAUGUUCACAGCAGGAGUGAGUCAGCGUCAAGUGCUGUUUCAAGCAUUGAUUAUGUCCCAUCAGUGGAGAUAGGAAUUCCAAGAAUAUCGCCUAAGCAGGAUAACGUGAGUGAUAGACUGGGUGAUGUAAAAUUUGCUUGCUCAACUUCCCUGCCAAAUGAAAUUCCUGGGCCAUCUCCUUUAUCUAGACAAGAGCACAACAGUUCCAACACAAUGGCUGAAAUGGUUGUGAAUGGAAACCAUAAUAUACCUAGAACUCCUACAUUUACAUCUGAGUCAAGGUAUAAUGAAUUGACUUCUACUUCCUAUGUUGAAAAACUCAUCAAUGACUUGAAGAGUGUUUCGACUGAAGUACAAACUGCAGCUGCUGGAGAACUACGGUUUCUUGCAAAGUAUAAUAUGGACAACCGCUUAAUCAUUGGCCAAUCUGGGGCUAUUGCCCCACUAAUCUCUCUUUUACACUCAGAUGUGGAGCUGACUCAAGAACAUGCUGUCACUGCACUUCUAAAUUUAUCAAUUAAUGAAAGCAUCAAGGCCAGGAUUGCAGAAGAAGGUGCUCUGGAACCGCUUAUUCAUGCUUUGAGAACUGGAAACACAGGAGCGAAAGAGAAUGCUGCAGCUGCUCUUUUUAGCAUAUCGCUUUUGGAUGAGUACAGGAUAAAGAUAGGUCGAUCUGGUGCAGUUAAAGCGCUGGUUGAUCUUUUAGGAUCGGGCACUUUCCGAGGAAAGAAAGAUGCUGCAACUGCCUUAUUUAACCUAUCUAUAUUUCAUGAAAAUAAGGUUCGUAUAGUUCAGGCAGGAGCUGUGAAGUACUUAGUGCGGUUCUUGGACCCCGCAACAGAAAUGGUCGAUAAAGCUGUAGCUCUUCUUGCAAAUCUGUCUACUGUCGUGGAAGGAUGCUCAGCUAUUGCUCGAGAAGGAGGCAUACCGUUACUCGUCGAGAUACUUGAGACAGGCUCUCCAAGGGGAAAGGAAAAUGCUGCUUCUAUACUAUUGCAGCUGUGCAUUAACAGUCCCAAAUAUUGUCGGAGCAUUUUGCAAGAAGGAGCUGUUCCGCCUCUCGUCGCAUUGUCUCAGUCUGGCACUCCUAGAGCCAAGGAAAAGGCCCAACAGCUUCUCAGUCACUUCCGCAGCCAGCGUGAGAAUGCCACUUCAAGAGGGAGACCAUGAAAUGGCAAAGAAAAAACAUUAAUUCCUGUUUUCUUGUACUACUUCUGGUGGCUAUUGUAGGUUAUCAUCUCCCAACAGAGGUUCUGAAAAUAUCAUUUUCCUUAAAAUUUACAGAUUUGUUGUGAGUUGUGAAAAGCUCGUCUGAAAUGCAUAUAGAGUUAGAGCAUUUCUUGGUAGCUCCAUAGUUGGCUGUUCUUUCCCACGAGGUUUUGGUUUGUGGUUCCUUUGUUCUUUGCUGCAUUAAUGGAAGUAGUUUGUACAGUAUUUUGUACAUAUAUCCUUAAGUUGUUACACAACAUUUUUGGUCAUUUUUUCAUAUUAGUCCUUGUUGUGAACCAUUGUCUGAACUAUCACAAGAUGCCUUUGUACAUCAUGAGGCUAAAUGCAGAAUUUCUGCUCCUAUGGCUAAUCACCACAAUUUUUUACUCCA